CGGAAGCCCGCGGGAGACAGGCAGCCGAGGAACGGAAAUGACGCUUAGUAGCGCCAAUGGGAUGGAGCGGGGGCUGGUCUUCCCGCCCCAUUGGGUAGGGGCAAGCGGUUUCCGGUAGCGGCAUCCGGGAGGGGCGGCGGAGGGGGUGGGGUGGCGAUUUCGUGUCCCGUGACCCCUGGCCUCCGGAGACCUUGCACCCCCGCAGCCACACCAAGAUGAUGGGCUGUGGGGAGGCCGAGCUGGAGUCGGCCGGAGGGGAGGAGGCAUUGGCGGCCCCCGGGCCACCCCCAGAACCCCGCGCCCCGGAGCCCAGAGCCCCAACGCCCGAGCCUGGCCUGGACCUGAGCUUGAGCUCGCGGUCCGAGACCCCCGAGCGGCCGACCAGCUGCCCCGGCCGGCGGAAGGGGCGGGCGGACCGGCGGGGCGGGGCCCGCAAGGGGCGGCAGGUCCGCUUUCGCUUGGCGCCGCUCUCCCCCGUGCGGUCCGAACCGCCGCCGGCCGCCGCAGCACCUAGCGAGAAGCCCGCGGCACCGCAGGACCUGGGGGCGCCCGCGCAGCAGAGCAGCCUGGCUUUGAGCCUCGAGUUGCAGGCCGCGCGGGCUGCAGCCGGCAGCCAGUUCGAUGCCGCGAAGGCCGUGGAGGAACAGCUGAGAAAGUCGUUCCAGACCCGCUGCGGCCUGGAGGAGAGCGUGGCCGAGGGGCUGAACGUGCCGCGCUCCAAGCGGCUCUUCCGAGACCUGGUGAGCCUGCAGGUGCCGGAGGAACAGGUUCUGAACGCUGCGCUGAGGGAGAAACUGGCGCUCCUGCCGCCGCAGGCCCGAGCCCCGCCCCCAAAGGGGCCUUGCCCAUCUUGUUUACACCAGAUCCAAGAGUGCUCAAUAUUUGUUGAAUGAAUAUUCAAAGUUCCAGGAACACUUGAGGAGCUGCUGAAGAGUUUCAUGUUAAUUGCCUAUUCAUCCAGUUGCACAUCACAAAAAAGGUGGGUGGGUGGUCUGAUCAAUAGUGCCUUUUCCUAGCUCCACUGUUAAUUCUUCCAAAGUUAGCCUCCUGUCCAAAGCUCCCACAAAAAAAUUCUUGUCAGUGGGUUUUUUGGGGAGGGGAGAUGGACUCUCUGCUUCAAGUUUCACAUAAAAAUUCACAUUAUAUCCCUCCUUCCUGAUUAGAGUUGUUUAGUUGUGUAUAG